AUGGCCUAUGAGACAUUUAUGAAUUCCUUACCAUUAUGCCUUAUGAAUCUUUCAUUUGGUUACAAAUACACAGAGGAUGAAGAUUUAAUUGUUUGUGAACUUGGUGUACAAACUGAUCCACACGAUGAUCAUGCAUAUCAUAGUACACCGAAAGAAACUUAUACCUCUAUGACUUCACGCGGAGAAACUGAGAAACACUUAGUUCAUGAAAGCAUCCAGACAUCAGUGAUUCACCUAGCCAAUAUUAUUGCUACAGGUGACUUAGAAUGGGCUGAUUCCGAUUUACGUGAAGUAAUCAAAACUGGUAUCAAAUUUAUUGGCAGUGAUAUUCAUAAAUUUGAAGAAACCUCUCUUCGAACAUACAAAACACAACAUUCACGGUUCGAAUACGAUUCGCCUGAAAAAGUAUUUGUCACUACCGGUACUCAAGUAAUUCCAAUAGAAUUAAAUCUGGAGAAAAGAUUUCAGAAGGAAUGGACAACUGAAACAAUGUCGGUACAUCAUAAAGCAUCAGAAUCAUUCCAACAAGAUUCGGAUAUUUCUGAUAAAGUAGAAAUGCUUACAGAAGGUAUUCAUCACACGCCAAAGAUCUUAGUCCAACUACGUCAAAGAACAUUACAAUAUGAAUUAUUUGAAUCCCAAUAUUCAACAACUAGCAUGCAUUGGAAUAAUAUUCGUGAAGUAGCCAGUCCAAGAACAGGAUUAUUCGCUCCUGUUGCAAUGGCAAUAAGAAGAGGAUGGAUAAGAUUAGGUGAAGUGAAUGAAUAUAUUGAUCCAAUGACUGGUGUAGCCAUCCCCUUAGAAACAGCUUAUCAACAAGGACGUAUUCGGUUGGCUAGUACAUCAAGUAGUUAUGAUAGAAAUAUUAUUACAAAUACACCAAUAUUACUGCUAAUUGAAAGAGUUUAUUUCAGUUGGUGUAAAGCUUACUUGACCAGUGUGAUUGAUACAGCCACUGGGGAAGUAUUAUCACCAGAUGCAGCUAUCUUAAAUGGUAUCCUUGAAACAACUGAAGAUGAAAUACGCCUAUUGGAUAGUUUAACCAAUACAUGGAUUACUAUUGAAGAAGGCGCUGGUCGACAAAUCAUUCAACUAGAACCAUCAACACCAACAACUGAAUCUAUGGAAGAUGAAUUAGAUGAACCAGCUAGUUGUAAAGUUUACCAGUUGACACAUAUUUGUCCUGGAGGUGAACCAUCUCCAUGGUUAAAUCCAUUAGAAGCGGUACGUUUAGGUUUGCUAAAUUGGGAAAAUGGUGAAGUGGCUGCUGAUUGGCCAGCUAGACCAAUUAUUCGUAGUACUGAUACUAUGGGACAAUAUUCAAGCGAUGAUUUUAUUCCAACAAGAUGGUGUACUUUCUUAACAGCAAAACAAGCUGGUUGGUUAAGAUUUACAGAAGAAUUAGAGCCAAGACGGCAUAUAACUACAUCAGGUCAGCCAAAUAAUGAGCCUGGAUCAUUAAUAUUAUCAAAACAAGUGAAUCUGUUAGCUCCAUCUCAACCAUCAUUAAAUUAUAUUGAAGAUGAUGAUAUCUCGGAACAAAAAUACCAACAACAUCAACAAUAUCAACAUCAACAACAACCUCAACAUGCUUCACAUUCACAUCGUACUGAACUCUAUAUCCCUAGAACACGAUCAGAAGAAGUUUAUCCACUUAUAGAUAAUUUAAAUUCGUCAAAUUUAUUUCCAUCAAUUAAUGUUAUAGCUGGACAUAGUAAAAGUGCAUCAUUUACACGUAUGAAUACAAAACAAUCUAUAUUUAAUGAAUAUCAUAAAGUAAUUCCUUCACGUAUACAAGUACAACAUGAAUCAGAUGAACGUUCAUGGGCAAGUGAAACACAAAUCUGGGAAGAAUAUCAAGAUACUUCAUCAAGAACAAUAUCACCUGAUAAUAGUGAUAUACAUGGUCAUCGAUAA